AUGGAUCACGAUAUUAAAAUAACAUCUGAGAAAAGCCAAAGAGUACAAAAAUUGCUAUCUGAUAAUAGAGUAAAAGAACUUUACAGCAGAAACGCUUCAGCAGAGCGUACAGCUCCCUCUUCUAAAAAUUGGUUUAAAUCUCCUGAUCCAUUUCCAAGUGCGUUCAAUCAUAAAGCGUCUGGUACAGAAUCAAAAAUAUUAGAAAGUGAUGAAUAUAUAUAUGUACUUACUACUCAUUCAAUAAGCCCUUUUAAAUCAAAUAUAAUUCCCAAAAUUUUAAUAAGUGCAGAAUAUUAAUUUUUAUUAUAGAGUUUUAAUGCAUUUCUCUAUUUUAUAUAGAGGAGUUAAAUAAAUUAGAAUUUAUUAUUUUACUACGAAUAUGCAAAUUCAUGCGAAAUAAUAUAUAAUAGCGAAAAUCACAAAGAAAUAUAGUAGAUUAAAAUAUUCGGAGAUCCAAACCUUAUCAAAAAUGGCUAACGAUUUUUAAUAACUUGAAACAGCAAAUAAAUCAUAUGUAGGAAUAGGUUUUUAAAAUAUCCAAUGCGCUAUAUAGCUUAUGCUUUCUUAUUGCAUUCAAUUGACCUUACUUAACUUAUUUUAUUACAAUUUCGGCUGCAGCUUUAUUGGUAUUAGAGUUACCAAGGGUUCAUCCGCUCACUAGGGAGAAUUUGAAUGAACUGGGGCAAUGAAUUCGUUUGGGAACUUAGCUCAACACCAUCUUGCUUCUAGUUCAAUUCCUGAUGCUAUAGCCAUCUAUAGUUAGUUCUGUGUCGCCGUCUCCUUGGCUAGGGGCUCUAAUAAUGAGUAGGCUGACUAUGGACUUCUUUAGUUUGCUGCUGGGCAGAACGAAGGCUAUUAACAAUAAAAUCUCAAAAAAUGGAAUUUCUAGUUCUCUUGGCAGAAAGGAAAUGCCUGAUACCCUAAGCAUAACUCUCCAUUUCAUACUAAAAUAGUCCCGAUUGGCUUAGGAAUUGUCUGUAAGCUUGGUGGGCCAUUCUUUUCCUCCAGGUAAAAUCCACUCUGAAAGAAAACUAGGGAUAAGCUCUCUUCGUUGCCAGUGCUGCUUACCAGUAUAGCUGUCUAUUUGUAGGUUGGAAAAACUUUUGCCUGGUAUAAUUAAAUAUGAGUCUUGCCCAGGGAUGGUCUCCCUGAUGCAGCUUCGAGUAUAUAUUUAAUUAUAUAUUCAAUUAGCCAAUUAUUUAAAUCUUAAUUGGAUUUAAUUGGCAAGAUAUUCAUGCUUUCAAUAAUUUUAUAAAUAAAAAAAUCAAAAAAUUUCCAUAUAAUAUUAGAAAUAAUUGAAAAUACUUUCUUGUUUUUAUAAAAGUUAUCUUGUAGAAUGAUAUAUAUACGCUCUUGCUAUAAAAGGAGAGAUUAAGUCGAUAGGAAAUCAGUUUGACAAAAAUACUGGAUGUGACACUGAAAAAGACGAUUUGAAGAUAAAAAUAUUAAUUGAAAAGUCCUUAGCUGACGUAGAGGCAAGAUUAAGAAAAGAAUUUGAAAGGAAACUCCAGAAAAAUUUAGAAAUAUAUAGCCAUGAAGAGUCUUUAAGAUAUCAGCAAGCCAAUAAAGCCAAAGAAGAUUUAUUAAACUUUAUAGAUCCCGAGGCAAUUAUUGAGAAAGCAAGAAAAAGAGCAUAUGGCGAUCUAGUAUCAAUUAAUAAUCAAAGCUAUGAACAGUUUUAUAAUGUGUAUAUAAAACCAUUGGAUGAAAAAUUCAAAAAUUUUGAUUCUAAAUUAAAACAAUUUGAUAUCACAAAGAAUAAUAUAGAUCCAGAGGCAAUUAUCGAGGAAGCAAGAAAAAGAGCACAUGACGACCUAGUAUCAACUAUUGAUCAAAAUUAUAAACAAUUAUAUAAUUUGUAUAUAUGGUUUAAGCUAAUAUCAUGAUAGAGUGCUUUCUUUAAUUGGAAUAUUAUUUUCCAGCAAUGACUGGUUGAAAGUAAAUUUUAUGUUUUAAAGCGCAAGCUUUUUAAAAUUAAACUAAAUUAACUAGAGAUUUAUAUACUACUUAUCGUUAUAUAAAAAAUAUUUUAUAAUAAAUUUUUAGAUUAAAUAAUUUUUAUCAAUCACGUGGAGUUUAUCUGAAAAAAUAACCGUUUUUCAAUGGUUUUGUUUACUCAAAAUGGGAGGAACAGAAAAAUAUUAGAAGAAGAAACAAAUUGUUUGUCGGCAAAGUUUACUAAAACCUGAGGUCCCAUUUCUAAUGAUAAAGGUGCCUUUUUCACAUCUCAAGAAAGGAGCUGACACGCUUUAUAGAGAGUAGGCCUCGGAGUCCAGCUUCCGAUGAAUAUAGUCAUGCCUAAGAUAUAUCAAGAAAUAAAAUCAAGUUCUGCAAUUGAUUUAAAAAUACUGCAAGAGUCUAACCAAAAUACUGAAUGCAAGCUUGCUGAAUUGGAAAAUUAUUUGAAACCUAAAAUUGGUAUGCUUAAUCUUAAAUAUGACAAUUUGGAUUCUUCUUUCACAAGCAAACUGGAACAAAUUAACCAGAAAUUUAUAAAUAUUCCAAGUAAGCAACAAAUCGAUGAGACUUUAGCGGGUCUCCAAACUAAAAUUGAGAGCUGAAAUAAAGAAACAGAAAAAAAACUAAAGGAUUGGGAAGCCUUAUCAUCAGCUGACAAAAAAUUCAAUAAAGAGAAAAUUGAUAGCUUUGAAAAUAAGAUACAGCAAUUAGAACAUAAAAAAAAUGCCAAAAUUACAGUCGAAUUCGACUAUUCUCAAAUUGUGCCUAGUAACCAACCUAUAAUAUCUCCUCAGCCAAAGAUCCUUCCUCUAAAUUUGGUUAAAGAUCUCUUAAAUGAUCCAGAAAUUCAAGCCGAAGCCCCAUGUAUUAGUAGCCAACAAGAAGCUCCAAGGUUAAAAGCGGAUCACAGCAAAGCUUUCAGCAAAUCUGGGUUGCCUAAUAUGUGAAAUACUAGCUAUAUGAAUUCUCUUAUUCAAAUCUUAGCAAGCGCUACUGAAUUUGCGGAGUUUAUAAAGAAUUGCUCCUCUGAUAAAUUACUGACUCCCCCUCCGUGAGUGAACAAAACCAUUAGAAAAAUGGCUAUUUUUUGCUCAAAAACCUACCCUCCGUGAGCGAACAAAAAUUUUUUUAACAGAAAAAUUUUUUAUGGAAAAAAAUAUAUAUAAGUGAUAAUUAGUAUAAUGAAAUCUAUAGCUAAUUCUGUUUAAUUUUAAACGAAUUGCUUUUUAAAACAUAAAUUUUAUAAAUUAAACUAAUAUUUGUUUCCAAUUUUUAUAGAAGCGAUUUUUUUUUUUUAAUUUCGAAAAAAAUUAUUUUUAUAAAAUUUAUAGAUAAAAAUUUUUUUUAAAAAAAAAAUUAACCACUCUCCGAGAGUGAACAAUUUUUUUGUUCACUCACGAGGAGGGGGGAGUGAGAAGUUUGACACAAGUUAUACAAUUAAUACAAUCUAAUUCUCCAGAGCAUCAAAUAAGACCCCAUAUAAAAGAAAUCAAAGAUAUCAUCCCAGAAGAAUACUCGAUAGUAAAUUUUAACGGGUUUUAUAAAAACGAUCCUAAAGAUUUAUUUAUAAUUAUUUCAGGUAAAGUUGGGAACCCUGAGCUCUUUUCUAUCAUCAAAAAACAAUCAUUUACUUGCCAAUUUAACCAUAAAGAAGAAAAAGAAGACAAUCAAAAUUUUAUAAAUAUUCCAGAAAAUCAGCAAAAUGACAUAGAAAGCUUCUUAAAUUGGCUAAAAGAUUGGAAAAAAUUUUCAGGGCAAAAUCAAUUACAUUGUGCAAAUUGUGGAGGAAUGAGAGAUAUUGUAAUGAAAACUGAAAGCAUUCAAUGGCCACGCAUUUUAGCAAUUUAUAUGCCUAGUCAGUUAUCACAAGAAAUCCCAAGUUCUUUGCAGGUUGAAAAUAAUUUUUACAAUCUUUUCGGAGUCAUAUACAAACAUAAUUAAAUAGGCUAUUUUGCCAUUCUAUUUUUAGAUUAAAUAGAAUUUUCUAUUUAUUGUAAUAAGCUUUAUGCUGAUAUGAGAAAAAUUUUAUUGCAUUUACGAAAAAUGAUGAAAAUGAAUGGGAGAAGUAUAAUGAUUCUGAUGUGAGCAAAGCAGAUCCUGAUUGGAAUAGGCUUUACCUGCAUUUUAUAAGAAAAAUAAUUAAUUCUAUUCUCUUUCGUUUGAACAUGAUUAAGCUUAUUGACUUAAAAGACUAUAGCUCAUGAACCUUUAUGGAUAGACCUCAUUGAAAAUGCAACCCGUUCUAAUGGAUUUCAUAUCUUGUAUACCUAGACCAGACCCCUCACUAUUUAGAGAAACAUUAAGAUUAUAAUAAAAAUCUCUAAUUUUAAACUAGUUCAAUAUAGUUUUUAUAUAAUUGUUUUUUUAAUAAUUUUUUGAAAAAUUUCUAAUAAUUCGCUUAAGGUUAGACAAAAUGGAGCCAAGGCAUAUUUUACGUUUAAAAUAACUCUUCUCUCUUUAUGUUUAAAAAUGGAAAUUUGGCGGUAAAAUAGUUUAGCCCAAAUUUGAGAAUUAAAAUGGCAAGUGUGUGGAGCAUUUAAUUAAACGAGCCAAAUUUUUAAAAAUGGCUUAAUAUAAAAAUUAAUUUUUAAUUUAAGAUACUUUUUAAAUUAAAAAUUUCUGAACAAAAAAAUCAAAAAAUAAACUUGUGCUCUUGUCAAGAAAGCGGUAAUGAAGCUACCAGCAUCCUUUAUAACCACCUAAAAUAUCAAGGUAUGAAUGAAACCGCGUGAGGUGAAUUAAGAAAUUAAUUUUUAAUAUGGCUUAGAAACCCAAAGAUCGCGAUAUAACGAACAAAAAAUUCUCUAAAAAUGGGUCUGUGCUCGAGUCCAGAAACGGAAAAUAAAAGGUAUCAAAUAGCUUAAUGUAUACUUUUAAAUAUCAAAUUCUGGAUGAAACCGCGUCAGGUGGGUUAAGAAUUUUAAUUUUUAAUAUAGCUUAUAAAACCAAGAUGACGAUAUAUAAUGAACAAAAAAAAUUUUAAAAUGAAUUUGUGCGCUUGUCCAGAAAGCGAAAAAUAAAGGUAUCAAAUAGCUUAAUAUACUUUAAAUAUCAAGUUCUGGAAAUAACAAAAAAUAAGAUAAGUAUGAAAAAAUUUAUUAGCUAUUUUAAUUUAAACUAUAUUAUGAGCUAACAUAAUUUUUUGAGGAUCCUCGCUCAUCAGUUCAUUUUCCCUCAUAAUCCAAAUUCCAUAUCGUGAGCCACUAAAGUGUGGAAACUCCACAUGCGAGAUCUGGGUUCCACACGUGGGAAAAUGGCCCGACGUUUGCAGACCCUCCGAAAAUUAUGCCAACGUAUAA